ACGCAGAGUUGUAGCAGUGGAGGUUGAGGUGCGCCCUGCAGGGGGAGGGAGCAGGAGAGGGAGUUAAUUAAGGCCCCGAGUGCUGGAAUUUCAUUUUCUGGUGUGUGCUGUGGCUAUCCGAGCCGUGGUUGUCCAUCCGUGUGAAGAUGAUAACGCUGGAGAAUACGGGGUUGAAUUGGGGAGGGUUUGGGUUCGACUCGCAUAGCCGGGACAAAUUGGGGGUUGGCUUGGGUGCGGCGUCGCUUGAACCAGCGGGGGAUAAUGUGGAGCUGCAGCAGCAGCUGAACGACUUCAUUAGCACUUCAUAUAUGAUGCAUCAAGGAUUUGGUCAAAACCAAUGUGGGAGUUUAGAGAGCCUGGUGGGCGAGAGCAGCUCGUACGUCGGGCUGCCAUCAGUGGGAAUAUAUCAGUCAGACAUCGAUCGAGACAUUUUCUUCGAUAGCUUGCCGCCAGUGGAUGAUCAUAAGAAUCCCCAUAACUACGCACCCGUCUCCACUGUCCCACAUGCACCAAUUUCAAGCCUGGAAUUUUGCUCUUCGCAUGUAGUGGGUUCACUUUCUGCGUCGUCGCAACCUCAAGUCAUGGGAGAGCGGUGGAAUAUAGAUGAGGCGCCGACAUCCACACGGGUACUGAAGCACGAGCGUAGUUCUGACGAUCAAAUCAGCACUCAGGGCCGGAAGAGGUUGGCCAAGAGCGACAGGACUGUCGCUUCUAAGUGUAAGCGACCGAACGAGCAAAGUGAGCAUAUUCUGCGAGAACGUCAAAGGAGAGACGAUAUGACCAGCAAAUUCGCAGUUCUAGAGUCUCUUCUUCCGACGGGCACUAAACGCGACAGGUCUGCCAUAGUCGAUGACUCAAUCCAAUACGUGAACAAUCUGCAUCAUCGAAUCAAGGAACUCCAGAACAGAAAAGUGGAGUUGAAUCAAUCCGCCACCUGUCUCCAGAAAGUGGUCGCCUCUCGUCGGAGAAAGUCCUUCGGGGGCUUGCAGCCUACUAGUCCUGAUAAUGUGAAUGAGAAGAAGGCAGCAGUUCAAAGGCUACCCAUCUCGCCGCAGGAACUGAGCCGAAUUCAUACUCUUCUGAGAAGCAGUUUAGAGAAAAUGGAGGUUCACGCUGACUUGCCGAACCAGGUGGUCAUCGAGAUGGUAUUCCAUCCUCAACCCCGCCUUCAGAGCAACAUUCUGCAGUGCCUGGAGAGCCUAAACCUGGAUGUUAUGCAAUGCAGCAUCACGAAGAUUGCACAUCGGCUCAUUUGCGUCGUCACAGCCCAGCCGCAAGAAACGAAGACGCCGACCAGUGGGAUUGUUGGUGCAUUGAAGUCCGCGCUUCAAGGUUCAGAUUAACCACUUAGUGCCAUCACAUAGUUAGCGAUGAUGCAAAGUCUUUGAGAAUUAGCCGGCAGAAUUAUAAACGACUCUGAUAUUGUGGUAUAUAAUGCCUCCUGAGCCAAUCACGAUUAUCGGUUGUACAUUAAACCUUUUAAGCGAAGCACGUUGAGGUCAUAGUUAUUGAGUGUAGGUUAAUUAGAGGGUCCACAGCCUUGUACUUCGGCUAUCUACUCUGAAAUAGCUUUACUUUCUUCUUAAGUGGCCUCGCAUCAAAAUAAGCAGGAAUCCUGCAAGUUCGGCCCCACAGUUCUCCAUUGUAAUAUUUCAAAUGGCGGCUGUAUAUACCAACACUUGAGCUGA